GAAGUCAUCACUUCGACGUGUCUUAGUAGAAUUUAUUUCUUAAUCUUUUAAAAAGCGUUCAGGUUUUAAUUUCCGAAUAAAAAUGUGUUUAAACGUUGUUUUAAUCGCCAGCAUUAUCUUCGCAUUUCUAAACUAUGUCUGCGGUACAACCGAAACGCAUGACCACGAGCCUCAACUCAUGAUGUCCCGUUCGGCCACGAAGGAUCGUCGUCACAUAGGACAACACAUGGGCGAUGUCGUGGACAUCGACCAAAUGGCUGAAGACGAGUUGAAGUUUCUCUAUUUCAAGAUGCACGACAGCGACGAUAACAACAUGCUGGACGGAUGCGAGUUAAUCAAGUCCAUGCUCCAUUUCCACGUCGAAGAAUGCAAAGCUCUUGGACCUGAACACGCCCACCACGGUACGACGAAGGUCUUCGGACACGACGAACUAUCCUUCAUGAUUGACCCCAUCCUCUCCACGGAUGACAGGAACUUGGACGGCUUUAUUGACUACCCCGAAUUCAUCAUGGCGCAGAAAUCCAGAGGUUUCUAAGAUGCUGCUGUCGGUAAUCCGAACUUUUUAAUUGCUUGCGACUUCCUGCAUUAGAUGCAAAGUAGAGAAAAUGAAUUUGAUAUCUGUGUGAACAUGACGAUAACCUCUUUCUGCACCAAUGUUGAACAUUGCUCUGUAUUUUAUAGGUAGUAAAUAAAACUGACUUUUACCUAGCUGCA